CGCUUCUUCUUCUCCUUCGUUUACUUCAUUCUCUACUUAUCACCAGGAAUCAUCUGUAAUAAUAUCUAUUAUUGUGUGUAUAUAAUAUAAAAGAUAUACGAUAAUGAAACAACCUACCGUCGUGAUCGACUAUCCACCUACAUCGCUCCGUCAGCAGUGUCGCUAUCAUCUUCGCCAAUUGCCACAUUACAUUCGCACAUACAUUCUAGCAACAUUCCCCAUUAUCCAAUGGAUUUAUCGCUAUAACUUAUCCUGGCUACUCCAAGAUAUGAUUGCGGGUGUAACUGUUGGUAUUGUGAUUGUGCCACAGGGUAUGGCAUAUGCAAAACUAGCAAAUCUGGACCCCCAAUAUGGUCUAUACACAUCGUUUGUUGGUGCUGCACUCUACUGCUUUUUUGGCACGUCAAAGGAUAUUAGCAUCGGUCCUAUAUCGACGGUGUCAUUGCUUGUUGGUGAGACGGUCCACAUGGUUACGACCAAUUAUCCGAAUAUUACAGGCCCUGAAAUUGGUGUUACCCUUGCGCUGUUUUCAGGCAUCAUAUUGGUUGCGAUUGGAAUCAUCCGCCUAGGGCUGAUAGUGGAUUUUAUCCCAGGACCUGCCAUUGCCGGAUUUAUGACUGGUUCGGCCAUCACCAUAGUUCUCUCACAACUGCCGGCUCUCACAGGCAUUGGUCCGGAAGUCGAUACGCAUGCAUCUCCGUUCCACGUGCUCAUUGAUUUUAUCACCAAUUUGCCACAUACGCAGCUCGAUAUUGCAUUUGGUCUUGUUGGACUCGUCUUACUUUACUUGAUCCGCUUUGGUUGCGGUCGUCUAAACGCGCGCUUGGCGAAUAACAAAAGUCGCAAAGCCGUGUUUUACUUUGGUAUCAUGCGCAACGGAUUGAUCGUGUUCCUCGGCACGCUGAUUUCUUUCUUGAUCAGCAUAGGACGAGCCACCACCCCAAUUCGCGUAAUUGCCGCAGUACCUGCAGGAUUUGAUGCAAUGGGCGUGCCCGGUCUCAACUUUGAGGUGAUUCGUGUCGCCAGCGGUUCAUUGCCAUCUAUUAUUUUGAUCCUUAUUUUGGAGCAUGUGUCAGUAGCCAAGUCCUUUGGCCGCGUAUCGAAUUAUACGAUCCAGCCAAACCAAGAGAUCCUAGCCAUCGGUAUCAGUAAUGUGGUUGGCUCGUUCUUUGGAGCUUACCCAGCUACAGGUGCAUUCAGCCGCACUGCCAUUAUGUCACGUUCUGGUGCACGUACACCACUCGCGGGCAUGUUUAGUGCAGCUGUCGUUGUGCUUGCACUCUAUGCGUUAACACCAGCGUUUUACUAUAUCCCCAACGCAAUUCUCUCUGCUGUCGUGAUCCAUGCCGUCUCUGAUCUUGUGUCUGGCCCCACGUAUCUGCGCGAAGUCUGGUCAGCCAACCCCAUUGAAUUCUGCAUCUGGCUUGUCACAGUGAUAGUGACAUUCUUUCUGGAUAUCGAGACGGGCUUGUACAUUGCCAUUGGACUGUCCCUGGCUACUGUCCUGUUCCAAUUAGCACGGCCCCAGGUCAAUGCGCUUGUACGUGUUCAAUCACAUUAUUAUGCAGACGAACGUGAUCCCAAUUUCUCAAAGCGCAUGGAGUCCUUGCCCUCGGGUCUGUUGGUGAUGCAGCCUGUCGACUCUAUACUGUACCCGAAUGCAGAGCACAUAUCCGAAGUCAUUGUCCAGACCAUCAAAACACGCACUCGCAAUGGAAUUUGCCAUGGAGAGAUCAGUGACAAGGAUAGGCCCUGGAACGCAGAACAACUGAUUGAUCACGGCGGGCGGAAUAUUGGGCCUGUGCUCCGUGCUAUUGUCCUGGAUAUGAGCGCUGUGCGACGCAUUGAUUCGACAGGUUUGCAAAUGCUUGUCAGUCUGCAAAAAACGGUGCUUGCUUAUACUUGUCAUGACGUUGAAUGGCAUUUUACAAAUUUGAAUCCUGCUGUACGCAACAAGUUGCUUUCUUUUGGGUUUGGCCGUCUUUCACUGAAGAACCUGUCGUUCUGCAGCAGAGAGCCCAAGGAUUUCCAACAGCAACAGCAACAGCAACAAGUGGAUCUAGAGGUGGGCACUCCCGGCCCUUCAACGUCACCCGCAAUGGUAGAUAAUAGCACCAGUAGUGCGCCCGUGGAUAGAUACAUUGCGUUCCAUUGGGAUGUAGAUACAGCCGUUCAAACUAUUGACCAUCGGUGGCAAGAAGCACCACGGUCACUGUAUUAA